AUGCCUCGAUCUCACGACCCUUCCCGUGUAGAACUCCUCCGACAAGAGGGAACUCUUAACGAGAAACGAGUCUCGAUAUCAGUCGAAGAUAUCCGUGGAGCCGUUGCCUCCUGGACGAAGACGAGUGCUUCUGGAGCACCCAUCACCCCCUACCCACUACCACAAUUCUUCCUCCAACCACCGUCAACUGGUGGUGGUAGUGGAAGUAGAAAUGAGGGAGCAAGUGGUAGUAAAAAUGGGUCGAUGAACUCAUUGAGGAUGCAACAAGCCGCGUAUGCUGGAAAGAAGGGAGAUGAUGGAGUGGAUUUGGGACAUCGCGGUGAGCUCGACCUAUCCGAAAAGUACAACUAUGAUCUGAGCAAAGCGCAGCUGAAAGCCAGCUCGCGGACAUCCGCCCUCCUCGCCGGAUUCGCAAUGGUAUGCCUCGUGGAACUACAGUAUGAUGAGAAGACGUCGAAACCACUGUUGAUUGUGUUGGGAGUUGUGACGAGUCUGUUGGUUUCUGUGCAUUUGUUGGCUCUGAUGAUGUCGACGUGUAUUCUACCGUAUAUGGAGGCCACCGGGUGCACGCAGGAUUCGCCUCACUUGAAAUUGAAAUUCUACAUCGAUCUAUCAUGGCUCUUCUCCACGUGCAUCGGUCUCCUGCUGUUCUUAGUCGAAAUAGGAGUGAUUUUCUAUGUGAAAUUCACGGCGGUUGGCUAUCCAACAGCAGGAUACAUCACCACUGCGAUGCUCGUCCCCGUCGGAAUCGUAUUCGUUCUGUUCAGUUAUUUGAUUCAUAAGAAUCGAGUGUCACACAGUUUGGGACGGUUCAAGGAUAAGGUGGACACCAUGAAACAAUUCCUUGACGUCGAAGCGAAUCUUCAGAAGAGCACAAUUGCUCCGUCGACAAUCCGAGAUAUUUAA